AUGAGCAAAGCUGAUCGUGAUUUUGAAGAUGGCAUUCAGUUCAUGAAGAUCCCCAACUUCUCCAUAGCCUUGAAGCCAUUUGACCCAGAAACGUACGAAGAAGAUGAAGACGAUGACCAAAUUGAAGAAGGUCGCAAUCGUUUGAAAUUGAAGAGUACAAGGUGGCGGUUUGCUCACGAUGCAGAUGGAAAGUCAUUGGUUAUCGGGAAAGAACGCUUUGACGUGGAGUCUAUGCCCAUUACCGCAACAUGCAACAUCUAUUUGUUCGACAAGGGACCGGUCUCUACACAGAAAAUAUCUGAUAGAAAGCUGAUAUUCCGUCCUCAUUCUACAGACAGCGAAACACACAAAAAGUUUAUUAUGUGCAUGGCCGAGCGUACUACUCGUAAAAGCUCUCAGGUUUGGAUGGUCGCAGAAGUUGGAGCGAAUCCUGAACAAGCACGAAGGGAGUUCCAAAGAAAGAAGCAACAGCAAAAGAAGAAGAUUGUGACAAGUGACGAAGGAAGUGAUUAA